CACCGGCUCCGUAGAGCAAGAACAUCGCACUAUGGCCUCACACUGAGCCCUGCAUAGCGAGAGUUCUAUCUAACCGGCAAUCCGUCACCAUCGACGCCUUGAUCAUGGACCUCCAGUCCAGAGGCUCAUUGGGGAGUCAACGAAAUUACCAAUAGCACUCCCGAAGAACGAUAUUAUUAUAUUUUUCUACCACCUUCACUUUUGAACAUCCUGGGAUUUAAACUGAGGUGACAUCAGUAGCACUCAUCCCAUCUGCCGGUUAGCCAACUAGUUUGCUAAAGUCAGCCAACAAGGGCUUCACUCGUCUGUUGGAACAAGGACAAACAGACAAAACUCAUUAACAGAAGACUGAACACCCACCGCUCCUAAUAUACACCACUGUCACUGUUGGUAUCUGUUUCUCUGAAAGGCUGGCAGCACACAGCCACCCUGAUGCAGACCUGUAAAAGAACGUGAAAUGAACAAACCACCGCAACCUAUAUCGGGACCCACCUCUGUCCCAAAUCCCUCCCCAUCCCCUGGACUAACACAGGCUGCCUACGGCCCCGGACAACCACCAUCGCUUGUUUUUGCACCCACUCCACAAAUGAACUCUGCACAGCAGCCGAGACAGUUUGCCACAGGGCCUCGUACUUUACACCAACAGGGUGGAUACAGAGCUUUGCAGGGUUACUAUCCAAGUCGAGCUGCUAUGGCCACCAGUGCUCCAAGGGUGCAGACGAGCAGUGGCCCUCGACCUGUUGCCCCUCCACACGUCUACCAGCCCAGCUCCCAGAUGAUGAUGAUCCCCCCACAGCAGCUUCAGUUCGCUGGCUCUCAGAACUACUUUAUCCCAACUGGACAGUACCGUACUCCCUACAUGGCUCCUACCCAGCAGUAUUCUGUGACCAGCAGCACCAGUUACUAUCCUGGGACUAGCCCUGCAGAAUACUCUCCUUAUGAGCCCUCUCUUGCUGCGAGGGAGAGGCGGGGUGGUGGGGGGAGAGGGGGCGGGCGAGAGAAUGGCCGCCUCUCUCUUCACGGUGCUCCUCUCGCCUCCCAGCGCUACCCCGCAGGAGCAUACUAUCCAGCUCAGCCGCAGUACUCUCCAUCAGUGCAGGCCCCGCCGGUGAUGAUUAACCCACAGCAACAAGCCCCCCCUCCCCAGCAACCACCCACACAGCCACAAGGCCCACUAAAGAGGGAACGCAAACAGAUAACAAUACGAGACCCCAACCAAGGUGGCCGUGAUAUAACAAAGGAGAUCAUGUCAGGUGGAAGAUCUGCUACACCAGCGACUCCUCCACAGGCAUCUGUAACUGAACCAAGUAUUGCCCAGACCAAUGGUGAAGUUGUACAGCCUGUUGCUGCAGUGACAAGAGAUGAACAUGUGGAGCCUUCUGCUUCCAUUGAAAGCCCUCCACCUUCUGCUCCAGUAAACACUGAGCCUGUGUUUGAGGCCAAAGAGGAAGUAAACAGACAGCUUACUCCUCCUCCGGCUGAACUGGAUACUGUGUCUGUGGCCACUACAGCUGCUACUGAGAGACUUUCCCCAUCCCCGUCAAUAAAGGAGCGUCAGUCUCCGCCUGCCCUCCCAUCAGCAGCAGCUACCAGUAGUAUUGCUGAAGCAGCAAAUGCAGUUAGCACUAAUGCAGGUGACACAGUCGAUGCUCCGGUCAAACCCUCGGCUUCACUGGUAGCACAAGAGAUUCCUGUAAAGACAGAGGAGCCACAGGCUGCUCCAUCUGAAAAGGAAGCUGAACAGGAAGAUGUCAAACCAGAAGUUAAACUGGAAAAAGAGGGGUGGACGCCCACCCCCAAGUUGGAGCCUCCCAUUGAAGUUGCAGCAGCCCCCAUGGAGACUGCGAAGGAGGUUACUCCUUUAGAACCGUCAGUCGAAGUCCCCCCGCCCCCCACUUUACCAGAACCUGCUGCUCCAGAGACCCAGAGCCUGGUCCAGAGCUCUGAACCAGAAGUGACACCAGUUACCCUGAUGGAGCCUCCUCUCUUCAAUGGCCUCCCUCAGGAGUCUGGAGAACUCUCUGAAGAUGUCCCAGUUACUGACACUACAUCCCAGGACAAACCAGACCCUUCUCAAUCUCAGGAAUCCACACCUGUGGCUAAAGCGGCAACACCAGCACAGAAGGAGGAAGAGGAGGAAACGAGGGAGGAAGAGCGGCCGCAGAAGAAAAAAACUGAAGAUGCCCCUCCACCCUCUGCUACCUGCCCAGAGGAAACUACUAUGCAAGCAGCUACGUCUGUGCCAAAGAAGAAGAAGAACAUGAAAGAGCUAAACAAAAAAGCCACUGGGGACAUCCUGGAUGCCUUCAAAGAGCAGGAGCCGGAUGCCAAGCCUGUUCCUGAACCAUCAGUGGUUCAGGUCAGCCCUCCAGCUCCAACUGAACCUCCUGCUGAAGCUGUGGAGGAGACCUGGGAAGAAAAAGAGGACAAGCAGAACGCAGAACCAGACAAACCUAAAUCAACACUUGAGCCAGCUGAGGAGAAAUAUCAGUUCAAAGAAAACCAAUGGGAGCCAAUUGACCCAGAAGCAAAGAAGCGAUAUGACCGAGAGUUCCUGUUACGCUUCCAGUUUAGCAGUGCCAGUAUGCAUAAACCUGAGGGUCUGCCUGUCAUCAGUGAUGUGGUCUUGGAUGAGGUAAACAAGACUCCAUUGCGGCCCAUUGAUCCAAGUAGAUUGAUGAAUACGGGUCCUGAUUUCACUCCUACAUUUUUGGGGGGUCUUGGAAGCAAAUCGGUAGGACAACGACCACAGUCCUCUGGGUCACAUCGCUCCCAGCAAGGUAUGCGAAAAGAGCCCAAAAAAAUCAUCAUCAUCAACAGCAGGUCUCUUACCGACAAUGUGCAGCUCAACAAGGCUGCUAACGCCUGGAAACCCUCUACCUUGAAGUCAGAAGACGGCAAAUCUGAAGAGACUGACGCUGAGCAGAAAAAGACUCAAGAGGUGUUUAAGCGUCUGCGCAGCAUUCUGAACAAGCUCACCCCACAGAAGUUCCAGGAGCUGAUGAAGCAAGUGAUGGACCUGACGAUAGACACAGAAGAGAGGCUGAAGGGAACCAUUGAUCUCAUCUUUGAGAAGGCCAUCUCAGAACCCAACUUUGCUGUAGCCUACGCCAACAUGUGCCGCUGCCUUAUAGGGCUGAGAGUGCCCAUCCCAGAUAAACCUGGAAACUUUGUGAACUUCCGCAAAAUUCUGCUUAACCGCUGCCAGAAAGAGUUUGAAAAGGACCAAGAUGACGAUGAGAUUUUUGAGAGAAAGCAGAAAGAGAUGGAAGCUUCAAAGAAUGAUGAGGAGCGUGAGACUUUGAGGGUUGCGCUGGAAGAGUCCAGAGACAAAGCUCGAAGGCGCUCACUGGGUAACAUUAAGUUUAUCGGUGAGCUCUUCAAGCUGAAGAUGCUGACAGAGGCCAUCAUGCAUGACUGUGUGGUCAAACUACUGAAGAACCAUGAUGAAGAAUCUCUCGAGUGUCUCUGCAGACUGCUUUCCACAAUUGGCAAAGACCUGGACUUUGAGAAGGCCAAGCCUCGCAUGGAUCAGUAUUUCAACCAGAUGGACAAGAUCAUCAAAGAGAGGAAGACAUCUUCCAGAAUCCGCUUCAUGCUGCAAGACGUUUUGGACCUCAGAAAGAAUAACUGGGUUCCUCGUAGAGGAGACCAGGGUCCUAAAACGAUCGACCAGAUCCACAAAGAGGCAGAGAUGGAAGAGCACAGGGAACAGAUCAAAGUCCAGCAGCAGCUCCUGUCAAGGAAGGAAAGCCGUGGUCCACAUACCCCAGCAAGGGGCCGGGUUAACCAGCCCCAAGACGAGGGCUGGAACACAGUGCCCAUCUCCAAGAAUCGACCUAUUGACAUCACCCGCCUCAGCAAAAUUACAAAGCCCGGGGCCAUGGACUUCAACAAUCAGCGACUUGCUCCGGAUGGGAAAGGGAUGUGGGGCAGCUGGGGAAAGGGCAGCAGUGGAGGAAGUGGGGCUAAACCAGCUGGUGGAGAUCAGGACUCUGGGCGUCCAGCCACUAGCACUCUGAACCGAUUCUCAGCACUGCAGCAGUCUGGUUCAAUGUCAUCAACAGACACUGAUCGACGAGUUCCUCAGAGGUCGAGCGCCAGUCGGGAACGUGGUGGUGACAGAGACAGAAAUGACCACGACAGAGAUCGCUAUGACCGAUUUGCUCGCAGUGAGAGACAGGAUGGGAACCAGUUUUCCAAGAGGAGCUUCAGCAGAGAAUCACAGGAGCGCGGUGGAAGGGGCGGAGACAGCCGGGGCUCAACAGAACCUGUGCGGCGCGUUGCCAGCAUGACGGACAAUCGAGACAGAGGAAGCAGAGACCGAGGAAGUCGAGAUAGAGGAGGUCAUGACCGAGGAAGCAGGGACCGAGGAGGCAGAGAUCAAGGCAGUAGGGACCGAGGAAGCAGAGAUCAAGGUGGUAGGGAUCGAGGAAGCCGGGACCAGGGUAGCCGGGACAGAGGAAGCAGGAGCCAGGGUAGUCGGGAGACUGGUCCAAGCAAAGACCUCCCAGUCAAGCGUGAAAAUGUUCCUGCUUCUCUUCCCAAACCUUCCAUGACAGAGGAAGAGGUGGAGAAAAAGUCCAAUGCCAUUAUUGAAGAGUACCUCCACAUCAAUGACAUCAAGGAGGCGCUGCAGUGUGUGACAGAGCUCAAAAGUGCCUCACUACUGUACAUAUUUGUGCGCGUUGGCCUUGAGUCGACGCUUGAACGCAGCACCAUUGCUAGGGAGCGCAUGGGAUUAUUGUUACACCAACUCGUAGAGGCAGGGACAAUGCCUGUACAGCAGUACUAUAAAGGGCUACUGGAGAUCCUGGAAGUAGCAGAGGACAUGGCCAUAGAUAUACCCCACAUCUGGCUCUACCUAGCAGAGCUUAUUACACCUAUGCUUCAUGAUGGCGGCAUCCCUAUGGGGGAGCUCUUUACAGAGAUCUCGAAGCCUCUCGUGCCUCUGGAAAAGGCUGGCUUACUGCUGGCACAGAUUCUUAAGUUGCUCUGCAAAGGAAUGACUAACGAUAAGGUCGGUGCUUUGUGGAAAGCUGCUGGUCUAAAAUGGGAAGAUUUCUUGUCUAAGGAUGAAGAUGUCAACAAGUUUGUCACAGAUCAGAAAGUGGAGUUCACGACACUUGAAGAGGCAGAGUCAAAGAAGGAUGGAAAGAACAAGGUCCUGAGUGGAGAGGAGAUCAGCAAAGAACUGGACAGACUGCUACAGGACAAGGCCAACAACCAGCGCAUCAGAGACUGGAUUGAGGCCAAUCUGGAUGAACAGCAGGUAACCUCCAGCCACUUUCUACGAGCAUUGAUGACAUCAGUGUGCCAGUCUGCCAUUAUAUGUGACAACCCAUACAAGGUGGAUGACCUGCAGAUCAAACAGAGAGCCAGUCUGCUGCAGAGGUACCUCUGUGACGAGGAGAAGGCGCUACAAGCCCUCUAUGCCCUCCAGGCCCUCAUGGUGCAUAUGGAACAGCCUGCUAGCCUGCUGCUAAUGUUCUUCAACACCCUCUACGAUGAGGACGUGAUCGAAGAAGAGGUCUUCUACAAGUGGGAGAGCAGCAAAGAUCCAGCAGAGCAAACGGGCAAAGGUGUGGCCUUGAAAUCCGUCACCGGCUUCUUCACCUUCCUCCGCAAUGCCGAAGAGGAGUCUGACAAGGACUAAGGAAGUGAUUAAAGAAGUCCUGCCAUGAUCAAGACGAGGGUCUUCAGGCAACUGGGAGGAGUAGGAGACAGUAUAUUAAGCCCAGAGUGGCAGACUCAAAUGAAUCCUCAAUGAGGAUAAAUCUUUAUUUUUUCCUUUUUGUUUUCUUUGAGGGAUGAACUCUGAAAAACAAUCAUUUCUCCCUUCCCUCCUCUCCUGCUUUACACAGCAAGUGUCCUCAUGAAAUAAACUUGAAAACAUGCUCGGCAGGACUGCUUGUUAAUGACGUGUGAGAAAUUCACACAUCACUACAAACCCCCUCUUUUUUUUUUUUUAUCACAGUAACACAAACCAACUGGCUGCUUUUUCAUUGUAGACUAUUCUGCCUGAUAUCCUCUGACCUGCAAGAAGCAACCGCAGGGUGUGUGGUGUGGUGGGUUGCCUGACUCAUGGGCCUCAUCUGUCCUUAACUGGAGCGUGCAGCAUGAUAGAAGUGUGCUUCAGAGGACAAAAUGUUUGACAUUAAGGACUUGAACUUAAUUGGACAGAGGGAGUUUUUAAUGCAAAGGUUGUCUAUUUUUUCUCUUCCUGUUUCCCGUCAUGAGCUUACAGAGAGCCAAUGUUGACUUUGACUACAGGGGGAUGGUCUUAAUGCUUCCUCUAAGCCAUCCUUUCCCAUCCCCGGUAGUGAAUCACACUGACUGACUCUUCAUCUUUACCUCUUCUCUACUUUUACCUGACACUUAGUGACCCAAUCACCUUUAGAAAACUUGAAAUCUGCAGAAAAAAAAUGACUUGAUAAAAUGAAAUAUAUACAAUGGGGGGAGGGGUUAAAAAAACAUAAAAAAAAAAAAAAAAAAACGACACAGAAAUGAUCCGGAAGCCUUUUCUACUUCAAGUGGAAACUAAUUUCAGGACCUUUCUGUAAAUAUAUAAUGAUGAACUUUUUCUGUUUUAUUUUUUUCAGAAACUAUGAAUUUCUGAUGUAAUUGCAGUGUCUCAUUUUCCAGCCGAAACCACAGUUGUCCGGAUGCAGAGAGGUGCUUUAGAUAAUUCAAUGAUUAUUAGUUUUAUUUCAAUUUUGUAAAUAUCUUUUUUUUUUUUUUGUUGCUUUCUUUAUUUAAGAAAUGAUUGCUUCUUUUGCAUCGGAAACUGGAAGAAUGAGGCGACAGAAACAUUACAAUAAAUGACUUAAGUUGCUGUG